AUGGGCAUCUUCGACUUGUUACAACUGUCGAAAGUAGGACCUAGCUAUUGCCAGUCUAUGCUAGUUUCUUCUUUGUACUUUUGGGAUAGUACUCAUCACACUUUUCACCUUCCCUGUGGUAUGAUGACACCCACAUUGUUCGACAUUUCUGCCAUAACAGGACUCAAACAUAUGGGCGAAACCUAUGACCCAUACUUCUUAUCUAAAGACAAUAUUGGUUUCGACACUUCCAGGGCCGCCUUCACCAUGCAUAUUGCUUACUACCAUGACAAAGAUAUUGAGGAAGUUUCUGACACUGAACAUAUUGCUUUCCUGGCUUUGUGGCUGUCUCGCUGUGUCUUCUGUUCGAAGUCUCUCCAAGUAGCCAAGAAAUUUCUUACAUUGUCAAAUCAACUUCAUGCUGGGCGCAACCUAUGCCUCAGCGAAAUGAUCUUAGCCAAUCUCUAUGAAUCUCUAGGAGAAAGAGUCACUACCCUAAAGAAUACUCGAACAAAGGGAAAUUUGAUAUUCUCUGGCCCCUUUUGGUUGCUACAAUUAUGGUUAAAUGCAAGCUUUGAAGUAUGCCUUCCAACCCACAACCCUAUUGAUGCGGAUGCUGUAGAGGUGAGAAAUAAGAGAGUUGAAGGAACACGCUUAGAAAUGUUAACUCCAAGAAAUGAAGGUCGAAACCUUCAACAAAGUUUCACUAAUUAUGUGAUGAUGUUUGCUAAGCGCUACAACUUCACCCCAACCAUGGCCCCCUUCGCCUUUAGAACUUAUGGUCCAGACUGGUUUACAAGGAAGUUUCCCUAUCCGUCGAAAGAUAAAGAGGCCGAAUCGGUUGCUAUUUGGGAAGCAUUCCUCACUCCUAGAGUAUUCUCCCUGAGACUCAAUCAGUCGAAGAGUCAAGUUACCUUGAUAGCAUACCAACCAAGUCUAGUCGCUCGACAGUUUGGCAUAAUUCAAAUUUUCCCAAAACCUCUCUAUGCAAGAAAAAAUUCUCUCCUCCUUUAUAAUGCUAUUCACACCAAGGCUACUAGUAGUAGGAAAAUAGCCAGAUAUGCUGGUCAAACAAAACUCAGUCCAUUCUCCUUCAAGCCUUAUUUUCUCUGUACUCACGAACUCGACCUGUGCUGGUGUGAUUACUAUGCAACAAAUUUUUUUAAUGUUCCUGCAUUCCAUCGUCAUCUCACCAAAGCUUUUUCUUCUGUGCAGGAUAAGGUUAAAAAAGUUGUAAGAGUUCCACCCAAGAAAACUGCCCCCACAACAAAAAGACCCACCGAAGCAAGAAAGGAGAAUACUGACAAAGCAACACCAACAACAAAGGCUAGCCGAAAGCCACCGUUAACCCCCAAGAAAAGGAAGCAAAAAGAAAUCGAGGUCGAAGCCACUGACUCCGAUGAUGAGGACUUAUCCCCAGAUGCCCUCAUACCCAUAAAAUCAAAGAAGAAGAAACAACUGAAUAUCCAAGGUGCUCCUGUCCACUCGAAAAAGAUCAAUACAUCAAAAAAAACCUCUUGCCCAGGAGACAACUGGUGUUGA